AUGACUUCUGCAAAAUUAGUCGCAUUGGUCGUGUUCCUUCUACCUGCAUGCCUCAGCAAUAUAUUAAAUUUCACUCCUACCAUUAUUACCCAUUUGAGGCAACUUCCGAAAUGUCCUAGGAAAACCGACGACUCAAGAGCAACGAUGAGGUCUGUGUUUACGCUGCCCACAACGUCUUCCGCCAGAAAGUCGCAAAAGGUGAAAAAGUGGCCGAUAUCGAGUACAAUAACUCUCCUCGUCUGA